UUAUGGCGCUUACAAAUGUGAAAAACAGGACCUUGCGUCGGAGUGCGAAUUCUGACCAAAAGUUUUAAUUAACAGCCACGAGAAUAUUUAAUAAAAUUACAGUGUAAUUCAAAACGCCUAACAGUGCUUUAACAUUUCGCGGUUGAAGGUGCAAGACAAAAAAAAAAAAAAACAAAAAAUACCAACUUCAAAAACAAAAAAUAAAAAACAAAAACAAAAAGUAACGCAUCGUACUUCUCCAACGAAAAAUAAUUAUUCUGCACGCCGCUCAAUCCGAUCACGCAGCCUCUUACCUGCUUCGAACUUCGCGCAUGAAUCUUACUCGAGUUGCUUAUGCGGUACGCGUGAAUUUUUUACAGCUUCUAAACUAUAUAUUAUUUUUCUCCCAACUUUACUAUAACAACAACUAUUACCAGCGCUUCCUUGUGCGCACAAUCAACUCAACAACAGCCGUCCAACCACCGACCAAUCCAAUUAGCAUCCAAACGCGCAACCAAACGCCGACAUUCGACACCUAAAUGCCAAACUGUGAAAUCCAAAACGUGUAGCAAUUUUGCAUUCGCCUGGAAAUGUGAUAGUCUAGUACUUCUAAUCGCAAGCAUAUAAAUUUGCACAUAAAAAUAUUACUUUUUGUUAAGGAAAAAGUGUGCACACACACACACAUGAGUGAGUUCCGAAAGUGCGUUUGUGCUGUAGUUGUUGUUGUGUAUUUGUAGUGUUAUGAUGCGAUUGCCAGACGCACGCACAAAAACGCUACCAAGAAAUGUGGAAAAAUCGUAACAAGUUCUUAAUAUUUUUGCUUUGGAUCAUGGAAAUAAGAUUAGCAUCCAGCUUUACGUCAUCCAUACUCUGUGCCCGCAUACCAGGCCUAACGCCACAACAACGUCAGCUGUGCAGCGAAUCGCCGGAUGCGCUGAUCGCGCUGGGUGAGGGUCAUCAGUUGGGCGCCUACGAGUGUCAGCAUCAGUUUCGCGGUCAUCGCUGGAACUGCUCACAGGUCUGGCAGGAAGGUGUCUUCGCGCACGUCAUGUUUGUCGGCUCUCGCGAGGCGGCCUUCACCUAUGCCAUCGCCAGCGCCGGGGCCGCACACUCUGUGACAGCGGCAUGUGCGCGCGGCAACAUUUCACUUUGCGGCUGCGAUAUGCGCCACAAGCCCACCAGCAUGCGACGCGCGAACUCCGACUUUGACGUUGGCGGCCUGCAAUCGAGCACGCAACCUUGGAAGUGGGGCGGCUGUUCGGCCGACAUCGAUUUCGGCAUGAAGUUCGCACGCAAAUUUCUCGAUGCACGCGAAAUCGAGGGCGAUGCGCGCAGCCUGAUGAAUCUGCAUAAUAAUCGCGCUGGCCGUAAGUUAGUUAAGAAUCUGCUGAAGACGGACUGCAAAUGCCACGGGGUAAGCGGUUCGUGUGUGAUGAAAACGUGUUGGAAGAGUCUGCCACCGUUUCGCCAGAUCGGCGAAGUGCUAAUGCGGAAAUACAACAAAGCCAAACUCGUGCAAGCCAUCAAAGGCAAACAUGGACUGAAACUAGUAUUAAGCAAGAAGAAUCGUUUUGGCAAGCAUGUCCAUAUGCCGAAACGCAUGGAGCUCGUGUAUCUUCAAGCGUCGCCGAACUAUUGCGAACGCAAUGUGCAACUGGGCACACUCGGCACCAUGGGACGCCUUUGCAAUCGUACCUUGCAUGGACCUCAAAGCUGUGAUCUACUAUGCUGUGGGCGUGGCUACAAUACGCAUCAGAUACGACGCACGACGCAGUGCCGUUGCCAGUUCAGGUGGUGCUGCCAGGUGCAGUGCGAGGUGUGUGAGGAGAACUACGAAGAGUUCACUUGUAAAUAAAUACGAUUUGUGCUUGUAAGCUGAAUUUAGUAAACAAAAAAAUGUUACCGUUAAGUGUUAGAAUAGAGUUGAUGUGCUGAAGUGGCUGAAGUGGCUUAUUUAUUACUUUUUUCGCUUUCUUGUAAGAUAUGAGUUCUACUCGCUGGUGUAUUUCAGCGACAGAUGCAGCAUAAAGCUAUUUUUCAUGUAUUUAUAUGUAUGUAUGUACGUAGAGGUAAGCAUUUAAUUCGCCCAUAUCGAAUUGUAAAAAUAACUUAUUUAUGAAAUUCUUAAAAAAUUAAAUUCUAAGUAUUAUAAAUUAUA